AUGAGCGUCCGUGUCAGCAGCGGCUUUACCGCAUCGCGUCUUUUUUGGCUGCUCCACUCAACCGUUUGGCUAUGGCUCUCCCUUGGCGCGCGUGGAUGUUCAUGCGUGUCCACUGGUAGGGUUAAUGGGCGAUAUGCGGGUUUCCUGGCGCCGCAGCCACGCCCGGGAGCCGUGCGAAGCACCCCGCUGAUGGGAGCGAUCGCGGGUAUACAGCCAACCGGCGACCUCCACAUCGGAAACUACAUCGGCUGCAUACACCCCGCCGUGCAGUACCAGAACGAUGGCGGCCAGCUCGUAUUCAUGGUCGCCGACUUGCAUGCCACCACAGGCGACGAGCCCGUUGUCGAUUUGGGUCGCCAAUCCCUCAGCACUGUGGCCACCCUGUUGGCCUGCGGCGUUGACCCAGAGAGGACCAGCGUGAUCCUCCAGAGCCAAUUCCCAGAGAUCCUGGAACUGAAUUGGAUUCUGGGCACUGCAGUGUCACUAGGCCGUUUGCGGAAACUUGCCAACUUCGCCAAACGCGUGGUGGCGCAGGAGUCGGACUCCGUGGGGCAGUGCCUGUACCCGCUGCUGAUGGCCGCGGACGUGCUGUGCAGCGACAGCGACACCAUCAUUGCCGGGGAUGACCAGGCGUGCCACGUGGGCCUGAUCCGCGAAGUCGCCAACAAGCUGAAUCGGAGAAUAUCGCAGCCAGUUGUAAAGGUGCCCGAGCGAUACCACAAUGGCGGGUUCAGGGUGCUUUCGCUGGACGGCGCCGAAAAGAUGUCCAAGUCCAACAGCAAGGAGGCAUCGCGCAUACACCUGACGGACGAUGACGAGGCCAUAUUCACGAAGUUGCGCGCGGCCAAGACUGCCAGCGACCACGACCUCGCCGCUCCGGAGAUCGCGAAUUUGGUGCGACUCAUGCGCUUCUUCUCGGGGGGAUUUGUAGAUGAAACCGAUGGUUGCGGGCGCCCCGAGCUGCAGUUCAGCGAACUCAAGAGCCGCCUGCACGAGGCGGUAUCGUCGCACCUGCGGCCCAUCCGAACGCGCUAUCUGGAGCUGAUGCAGAACGACGCGAUGCUGAAGGCGGUGCUGCAAUCGGGGCGACGGCGGCAGCAGCCCGUGUUCUCGGCGGUGGUGGAGGUAAGGCGGAGCGGUCGCCGCAUUCACGGUGCUCAGCGGGUCAAACGAGCUAGUAACUAUUGUCACGUAAAUUAA